AUGAAGAAAAGUAUCACCGAAUUAGUGGGGACGCCAGGAGCAGGGAAGAAGUUACAGUUGUUCCUUGGGGAUGAGGCUUUUCCUAGGCCGCAAACCGCUCGGAUACCUGAUAACAAUGGCGAGCAAGAUGAAUUCGCGAAGCUGCGACGUCCUCGAUCAGUCCCUUCUAAGACGCAGGAGAGUCGAGAGCAGCAGGAAGCAGAAACGCCAAAGGCGUUGGAGACGAUCCUGGAUGAGAUGGAAGAGAUGGAGAGGACGAGGGUCUCGCGAGAGGCAGCUUACAGGAGGCAGAUGGAUCAGAAGCGAUUGCACCAGAUGAAGCUCAACUCCUUGGACACUGCGUCCUCCUUGUUCUUCCGGCAAACUCAGUCUGGAGCCGGUAAAGAUCAGGAGCUCUCGUUCGAGCACACGAUACGCAUCUUGCAGCAGGUAGGUCUGGAUCACUUCAUGACGAGCGAGCAGAUCGAGAAGAUAGCGCAGAUGGCACUUCCCGUCAAGAGCAACUCGUUCAACCGCAAGUCCUUCAGAAAGCUGCUGUUUUCGCUCGCAGAAGCCCUGCAGAUCUCGUAUGAAUCCCUGGAGUCCAUCCUCGCUCAGAGUACGAUGGAGACGCCUCUCUUCUCUAGAGCUAGCUCCAUCUCGACCCCGAGCAUGAGGAAAGGGAGCUACGUCAGCAUCCUCAACCAGCUCUUCACUCCUCUCGCUAAGGCCCAGCUCAUAACCCCGACCCUCUCCCCCACCCAGUCGCAUGCAAGACAGCAGCAGACCAAGACACCGGAAGAGGAAGUGUUUGACCUUGCUGUCGGGAUCAAGCCGGCUCCUCCUCCUCGGGUGUGGCUUGCAAACUCGACCAUCAACUGGCCUUUCCCCCCUCCACAAGGAGCUCUGAUCCACAGCUCAGAUCAGUUCCCUGUCUUUCGGAAGCACCUCAGGGAGCAGGGGAGCAAAGGAGCUGCAGUCCGGUACAGGAAGUUCAAGCCCAAGAAGAAGCCCGAGGAUGUGAUGAAUGCUUCUUACUAUAAGCCCAAGGGAGUCGGAGACUUCAUGUGCCCCGUCUGCAGGAGGAAUUUCAUCAACGCGACUGUGCUGGACCAGCACAUGCGAGGAAGCGCGCAUCAGGCAUCGCUGCAUGCGCGCAAAGAAGUGAAGAAGGAGGAGCAGGAAGCUGAGGACCAGCUGGACUCGUUCACCGUCCUGUCUUCGGGGAGGAGUACGCCGGUGAUGGGAGAAGAGCAGGAGAAGGCAGCAGUUGGGAUCGAGCGGAAGCGGAAUGAGACGACGUAUAGGAGCGAGCGACAUCACCUGAGCGAGUUUCCCUUCUGGUGGCAGGUGAUCCGAGAGAAGCUGCUCUUCAUGCUUCACUCCUCCUCCGCGGACGUGGAGGAGGUGAUCUCGUCGUUUGUGGACGGGAGGGACGGAGACUUGCCCGGGAACUUCCGAGGAGCGAUUGUGAGGUACUUCGUCAGCUGUAUAGAGAACGGCGCAGCCCCCAACUCCCUCUUCCUCCUCGACGAGAGCAACAACAUCUGCACCGACAGGCUGAGACUGAAGGGAUGCCUCUACCCCCGCCUCAAGUCAGCGCAGUCGUUGUCUCUCUUCCUGCUCUCCUCCUGCUGGAUCCGUGAGCUGGUCCUCACCGACAACGACCUCAAGGCGUCAGGGACCCACGAUCUCUGCAUAGCGCUCAGAGCCAGCGCAAAUCCGCUGGAGGUGCUGCUGCUGGGGAAAAACAACAUCCAGAAUGACGCUCUGCUGUCCUCCCACUACCCGCCGACGGACUGGUCCAAGGUGGACUACCUCAACAGCGCCCAGGAGUUGAGCGCGAGGAAGAAGGAAGAGGCGGAGGAGGGCGAGAAGAGUCCUCGGAAGGAGGGGAGAGACGCUGCUGCAGAGAUCGCUCUCCUCCUGCAGGAGAAGGGGAUCAAGGUGCUGGACUUGUCCCACAACGGAAUGUCGCACGAGAGCAUCGCGAUCAUAGCCAUGUCGGCCUCACGUUCCACCAGCCUGACUAGUUUGGACCUCUCCUACAACAUCUCCUCCAUCCCCACCCUCGCUGUGGAGAAAUUUUUCGCAUCCUCCAUGGAGCGACUGAUCCUGAGCAGCAAGAGCCUCUGCGAGCUCAACUUGUGCUGGAACAAGAUCGGAGGGAUGGCGGCGGAGAGGAUUGCAGAAAGCUUGUACUACAACCCGACCCUUGCCUCAUGCAACUUCGCCUGGAACUCCUUUGGGAGGAAGGACGUGAUAAAAAAGCUCUCCUCCUCUCUGGUAGGAAACGAUCAGUCUCGCUGCCGCCUCUCCUUCCUCGACUUGUCCUACAACGACGUCGACGUUGAGAGCGCUACCAUCCUUGCAGACGGCCUGGAAAGGAACAAUACCCUGACCCGCGUCGUGCUCGACGGUAACCCGAUGAAGGCCAGCGGGGCCCGAUCACUGCAGAGAGCUUGUGUUCGAGUCGACCACUCCAUCUCCGUCUCGAUGCAACGAUGUGCAGUUGAGCAGAUGAUCGAUGCGACUUUCUUUGACGCAGAUGAGCCGCAAGGUCCAUACAAGCUUGACAUGUCAAAAGAAUAUUCAAGAAAGGUUUUGAAGUCUCUCCUCAAGCUCCAGAUGCAGAAGGCAGGCAGCUUCUGUCCGGGAAUGCUCCUCAACGACAAACCGUACAAGCUGGACACCGGAAGAGCCUCACAAAGUGACUUGUACGAGACAAGCGAAGAAGGUCAGAAGAACAAGAGCUCCAUGCCCACUAGCGGCAUCCUCACCUUCGAGUUUGCGAGCUACAGGAAGCCUCCUGCUGGUCGUCACUUUGGCGACGUCAACACAGCUGGGGAUCAGCUGCAGCAGGCGUCGAUGCUGAAACUUUGCGACUUCUUCGACGGCAGGAAGUCGCUGGAGGAGACGAAGGAGCUGCUGGAAGCUCUUCUCAAGGGGGUUUACUUCGCCUGCUUCGCGUUCCUCCAUAUCUCCGACAGCGCACAAUCCUCUCUGCUGACCAAUGAGCUCACAGGGUUCGAGGCGAUUCGUUUCGCCAUCAGGAUCGGGAAGAAGCGACUAGAAUUCACACGUGAGCUGAAUCAUCUUCAUGCUGAGCAUGCGAUAGCACUUGAUCUGAUCUACUUCAAGAAUCUCGAGAUGACGUUCGAGGACGAAGAGUUCAAGAAGUCGAAGACGAAGAAAGGGGGGGAGCGAGUCAAUUUUGAUCGCGUGUGGAGGAACUGUUAUUACAACCACAAGCGGCAUUUAUACUCAAACACUUGGAAGCUUCCGAAUGAGGGAGUCCUCGAGCUUGAUUUCGUACAGAUCAGCAGGCCCAACAAACCUGUUGCAGUCAUCAGCAAUGAAAUGGUUGUGAGUCUGUGUGGUGAUGGAUGGGGAACACAGAAGUCUCCUGAAGAGAUUCUGACAGAAGUGAGAAAGUCCUCCAACUUGUACUUCUUCACUUGCAAGCAGGCAAGCAACGAUCACUUGCGUCUUCGUCGACUCACGGAAGAUCUUUUGAUAAUGAAGAUCCUCUACAUCAUCUUGCAGAUCACCAAACUCAUGGCCCUGAGGCAGAAGAUCAAGAAGAAGUCGGCUGAAACAUCUUCGACUGCAAAGCUUCUCUCAUGUUGUGAUCAGACGGCUCUCUACAUCCUUCACGUCAUGGCGCAUGGGGAUUAUCCUCAACCUCAACCGCCUCCCGUCCCUGCGGGAAGUUGGGAUCCAGGAAGGAAAAUCUCCCAUCAGGGUAGAACUCUGUGUUAUCGUCUUUGCAAGGCUCAACCUGCUGCGAACAGGGAGCUGGAGAACAGGAUCGGGGCUUACAACUUGUUCAACGAGAACGUGGCUGUCGGGAAAUACGAGCUCGAUUUAGAAGACGUCGAGUAA